AUGCGUACUUUGUUACUAGCAAAAGUAAUGAACUAUAUUGCAGAGAUUUGUAAUUACGAGAGUCAGCUGCUUCUGAAGUCUUUCAAAAUAUGCUCAUUCGGACUAUCUCAGAACGAGCCGAAAGAUGACGACGUCAUCGCACACAUAACAUCUCUUCUAGUCGGUCUCGUGAAUAAGGAGGACAAGACCUACACGAUCCUGGAAUUCCUCAUCCCACUUGCGGAGUAUGGAGCUGCACAGCUAGGAGUGAAGGCGUCAGCUCGAAAAGGAGAACUCUACUUUGCUGCAGUACUUUCCGAUGCUUGA